GAAUUAAAAUUAGCUAAUAAAUGGCUUCCUAUUAGUGAAGAGUGAUAAUUCAUAUUCUCAGCUCUUGAAUUUCAAAAUCAUUGUGACAUCAUUACUUCAAUACCAGAAUGCAUAAUAAUAGAGCUCUUGUGGAUUUGACAUGCAGUCAUUAUACUUAAUAAGUUUUCAUUUGCCAAUUACGGUCAGACAUUUUUGGUCUCAGUUGGAUAUUGGUAUUGGUGGCAUUUAUGGUUUCAGUCCAUCACUAAAUAUUCAUUAAGCUAUGUACCAGACACUAUAUUAAGUACUCAAGAUAAAAAGAAACCCCCAAAAUAGUCCCUAACUCAAGUAACUCACAGCCAAAUUUGGGAAGACAACUUGCAAAUAGCUAUGUACAAACUGCUAUAUACAGGAUAAAUUGAAGAUAAUAGUAAGAGAGGUGGCUUUUGUAAGAAAUAGGGGGUCUUGAUUGCUAGGUUGUGAUGAACAAAGCCAUUUCUUCUUGUAAAUUAGUUUCCUUCCACUCCCCCCUUUUCAUGUUGUUUUAGAAAUGCAAGCAAACUAGACUUUGGAAACAUCUAGAAGUUCAUGUUGUUAGAUUAUGUUGUAAACAUCAUGUUAUUUUCUAUGAGUGCUUCAUCAGAAUAUGUCUGUUGUUGUGAUGGAGAGGAACUGGAUUCUCUCAGCCUCUUGAUUCUGCCAGCUUUCUUUUGCAGUUAUUGGGGGGAUAUGUGUGUGUGUGUGUGUGUGUGUGUGUGUGUGUGUAUGUGUAUAUAUAUAUAUAUGAUUUUAGUUUGGGAAGAAAAGAAAUUGCAGGAUAGAUUUUGCAAAGGUUAAUGUCGAAGAAUUAUCCUUGCAUAUGUUUUGAAAAAUAAAAAGCUUUAAUAAAAAAAAAAUCAAUUUGAGACAGAGAAAAAAAAGAAAUUCUAGGAUAGAUCCAUGGCAAUUGAGGAUGACCUAAUUGAAGAGCCAGUAAAAGAAAUUGAAAAGGAACAGUCAGACAUAUAAGGAGCAAACCAGGAGAAAGUAGUGUCAGAAAAAUUAAAGAAAAGACAGUCUUACAGAGAAGAGGGUUAUUGAGUGUCAAAGGCUAGUGACAAGUUAAGAAGCACAAAGAUUGAGAAUAGGCUAAUAUUCUUUUAAAAAAUGAAAUCAGAGUCAAGGUAAUGGAGUAAGAAUCAAACUCAACAUAAUUCUACCACAGCCGUCUUUAAAAACCAUAGCAGACUGGAUUUUGAUUGGGAAAGCUAAGAAAAAGUCACAGGGAGUCACUUUUAUAAGCUAAGCAGUUUAGGAGGUAGAGAGGUCUAUGGACUCAAAAAUAGGGCUGACAAGGAGGUUUACCACAGUAUAAUGGCUCUGAGUUCAAGAGCAGAAGAAGGAUUUGUUUCUAAUCUUUAGCCAUAAGUCUGCAAUGGAAUAAUCAGGGCAAGAAACCAAGACUAAAGGAGAAUCAAGUAUUUAAUUCACUAUGAACCUACUGAACUUCUCAGAGGUCUCAGUUAUUACUCUUAAAUUAAUAGAAAUUGAACCAUAGCUGUCUACUUGAAAAUUAGCCACAUACAAUCCAAUAGAUCCAAAUCUGUUGCAGGAAUUUGCAAAAUUUUUACCAGGAGGACAGUGCACAAAUCUCUCUCUCUCCAGAACACACUAAUUUAGAAGCAUCAAAAACUUAAAAUCCCCUAGAAUGAAUUGUAAAAGUAGCAGAAGGACAUAAAAAGACAGAAACUCAUGCCUGAUAUGCUCCUCAGAAAUGAGCAGAGUCUCAAUGAAGUCCAGAGUGGACUGGAAGGAGAAAAUGGUUGAACUAUAAACUAUAAAGAACUACUAUGGUGAUAGGGAAGCUCAGAGAAGACAAUGAUUUUGAAAACAUUUACAAACAAAUUCUAAAAGAAAAGUGUAGAUUGCAUAUAAACCCAACAAAAAAAAUCACAGAAGAGCUUAAAAAAAGAGAUUAAAAAUAGUUUAAAUUAAAAAAAAAAAACAAAAAAAAAACCAAGAGCAAUAGAGGGAAGAAAUGGGGAAAUAAAAGCUAUGCAAGAGAAUUAGGAAAGGAGGAUUACCAGCUUUGUAAAAAAGGUACUUAUUGAAGAAAAUGUCUCCUUAAAAAUUGGUAUUUGCCAAAUUGAAGCAAAUGACUUCAUUAGACACCACAAUAUAAUAAAAUCAACUGAAAAUAUUAAAAAAUAGAAUAUGAGAGAUGUUUCUCUCUCCAUUUCUUCUCUCCAAAACAUGUUUUGGAGAAAAUUGAAGAAAGAUAAUCUAAGAAUCAUUGAAUUACAAAAAAUCCACGAAUAAAAAUCCUAAACAUCAUAUUUCAAGGAAUAAUAAAGGAAAAUUACCCAGAUAUCUUACAACCAAAAAGAAAAGUGGAAGUCAAAAGAAUUCACUGGUCAUCUGAAAGAAACUCCCAGGAAUAUGGUAGGCAAAUUGGAGAACUCACAGGUCAAGGGAAAAAUGAUGUAAGCAGCCAGAAACUAAAUAAGGAGCCAUAACUUGUAUCCUUAUAAGAGCCAAUACUUUAAAGGAAUGAAGAACUUAGAAAAUGAUAUUCUCCAAGGUAAAUAUCUACAAUUAUACCCAAGAAUAAUUUAUCUAAAAAGAUCAAGUAUAAGCUUCAAGAAGGGAAAAAAAAAGACUUUUAAUUAAAUAGAAAAUUUUCAAGCAUUCUUGUUGAAAAAAUCAGAGCUGAAUAAAAAAUCUGAAAUUCAAACACAGACAUCAAGAGUAUUUUUAAAAAGAUAAAGCAUCAAUGAAAAGUUAUAAUUAAGCAAGGUAAAAAGCUUUGCUUUCUUAUAUAGGGAAAGAAUACAUGUAACCCCUCAGAAGUUUAUUAUCACUAAGAAUCUUGGGGAAAAUAAGGAGAAUAAAUCAUAGGAGGCAGAGAUAAGAAGCAGCAAAACAAACUCUUGAGAGAAAAAAGGAUGAAAAAGAAGUAUAAGAAAACAGGGUAGAGGGAAAUAGCAAAUACAUCUGAAUGUCAAUUGAAUGAAAUUAGCCAUUCAAAGGAAAAAGGAUACUAAAAGGGAUUAGAAACCAGAAUACCAGAAACACAUUUGAAAUAGCAAGAUAUAUACAGAGUUAAAAUAACGAGUAGAGCAGAAUUUGUUAUGUUUCAGUUGAACUAAAAAAAGCAGAGUAGGAGUGGCAAUCAUGAUAAAUUAAGUAAAAGCAAAAAUAGGUCUAACUAAAAGAGAAACAUGUAACCUAAUUUUGCUGAAAGAUAGCACAGAAAAUGAAUUAAAAUCAUUGUGAAACAUAUGUGGCAACAUAUUCUUAAAUUCUUAAUUAAAUUAAAUUAAAUUAAAAUUCUUAAAGAAAAAGUUAAAAGGUACUACAGGAGGAAACAAAGUAAAAGUAUUAGAAACCUCAUCUUUCAAAUUAGCUAAAUCUAGUCAUAAAAUCAGGAAGAAAUUAAGGAAAUUAAUAGAAUUUUUUAUUUUUUAUUUUGAAUGGGAAUAGAAAAGAGUAUAGCUAUUUCUCAGAUGUGAAGUGAAUCUUCAAAAAAUUGGCUGUUCAUUAAGGGACAAAAAUUUCACAAAUAAAUGCAGAUAAAACAUUAGGUGCAUCUUUUAAUAAUUACAGGGUAACUAAAAAUAUAUUCAGCAAAGGACCUUUGAAGUAACAAGUAAAAAUUAGUUGGAAACUAAAUAACUUCACAUUAAAAAAUGAGUGGUUUAAAGAAUAAAGUAUAGAAAUCAAUAAUUUAAUUAAACAUAAUGACAAUAAGACAAUGUAGAAGAUGGAGCCAAGAUGGUAGAGUAAAGGCAAGCUUUAAAACAGUCCUCAGAAUGAAUUCUGGAGAGGCAGAAUCAGCAAAAGAUCAGGUUGAAAUAAUUUUCCAGCCCAAGACAAUUUAGAAAGAAGAUCUGUCUCAUUGGAGUGGCAAUAGAGCACAGUGCAGCACUCAGCAUCUACAUGAUAUGUGGGUCAGACAACUGGUUAGAAGGAGGUUGUAGGAGUCCCUUUGAUGGCAGUGGAUGUAAGACUAUUAACAGUAGCCAUACUCAGAUCUGGAUUACAGUCUCAGGGUGAAGAAUGCUAGCACUGUAGAGCUUGUGGUUGCAGGGCAGUUCCAGGGCAGAAAAAGUGUGCUUGCAUUUGCUCACAACCAGAGCACAAGCCAAGAAAUCAGUGACUAUCCCUCUCUUUAGAUCAUACUGUCUUGGGAGAAUUGACAGCAUGUGGACCUCCAGAACUAGCUCUGAAAAUAGCAGCAAGAAAAACUGAAAGUUGGGAUAAUACCCCUUCAACCGUGGGAACAAAGCUCAACUUUAAUAUAAAAUUAAAAGUCAAGAAAAAAAGCUGGGGGAAAAAAAUGAGCAAAUACCAAAAAAGUACCUAACCAUACAGUGUUACUUUAGUGAUAGGGAAGAUUCACACAAACCCAGAAAACAAUGAAAUUAAAGCAUGUAAAUACAGUGCCUCAAAGAAAAAUGCAAAUUGAUCACAGGCUUAAAAAGAAUCUCUUAUUUUUUUUUUUAUUUUUUAUUUUUUAAAUAACUUUUUAUUGGUAGAACUCAUGCCAGGAUAAUUUUUUACAACAUUAUCCCUUGCAUUCACUUCUGUUCUGAUUUUUCCCCUCCCUCCCUCCACCCCCUCCCCCAGAUGGCAAGCAAUCCUUUACAUGUUGAGUAGGUUACAGUAUAUCCUGGAUACAAUAUACGUGUGCAGAACCGAACAGUUUUCUUGUUGCACAGGGAGAAUUGAAUUCAGAAGGUAUAAAUAAUCUGGGAAGAAAAACAAAAAUGCAAGCAGUUUAUAUUCAUCUCCUAGUGUUCUUUCUUUGGGUGUAGCUGCUUUUGUCCAUCCUUGAUCAAUUGAAACUGAAUUAGCUCUCUUUAUCAAAGAGAUCCCCUUCCAUCAGAAUACAUCCUCAAACGGUAUCGUUGUUGAGGUAUAUAAUGAUCUCCUGGUUCUGCUCAUUUCACUUAGCAUCAGUUCAUAUAAGUCUCGCCAGUCCUCUCUGUAUUCAUCCUGCUGGUCAUUCCUUACAGAACAAUAGUAUUCCAUAAUGUUCAUAUACCACAAUUUACUCAACCAUUCUCCAAUUGAUGGGCAUCCAUUCGUUUUCCAGCUUCAAGUCACUACAAACAGGGCUGCCACAAACAUUUUGGCACAUACAGGUCCCUUUCCUUCUUUAGUAUCUCUUUGGGGUAUAAGCCCAGUAGAAACACUGCUGGAUCAAAGGGUAUGCACAGUUUGAUAACUUUUUGAGCAUAGUUCCAAAUCGCUCUCCAGAAUGGCUGGAUGUGUUUACAAUUCCACCAACAAUGUAUCAGUGUCCCUGUUUUCCCACAUCCCCUCCAACAUUCCACAUUAUCUUUCCCUGUCACUCUAGCCAAUCUGACAAGUGUGUAAUGGUAUCUCAGAGUUGUCUUAAUUUGCAUUUCUCUGAUUAAUAAUGAUUUGGAGCAUAUUUUCAUAUGUCUAUAAAUAGUUUCAAUUUCUUCGUCUGAGAAUUGUCUGUUCAUAUCCUUUGACCACAUAUCAAUUGGAGAAUGGUUUGAUUUCUUAUAAAUUAGAGUCAAUUCUCUAUAUAUUUUGGAAAUGAGGCCUUUAUCAGAACCUUUGACUGUAAAAAUGUUUUCCCAAUUUAUUGUUUCCCUUCUAAUCUUGUCUGCAUUUGUUUUGCUUGUACAAAAACUUUUCAAUUUGAUAUAACCAAAUUUUCUAUUUUGUGGUCGAUAGUGAUCUCUAGUUCUUCUUUGGUCAUAAAUUCCUCCCUCUUCCACAGAUCUGAGAGGUAAACUAUCCUAUGCUCUUGCAAUUUAUUUAUAAUCUCAUUCUUUAUGCCUAGGUCAUGAACCCAUUUUGACCUUAUCUUGGUGUAUGGUGUUAAGUGUGGGUCAGUGCCUAGUUUCUGCCAUAAAGAAUCUCUAAAAGAGCUAGAAAAGUAUUUUAAAAAUCAAAUUGGAGUGAAAGAGGAAAAAUUGUAGAAGAAAUGAGAGUGAUGCAAGAAAAUCAUGGAAAGAGAAUCAACAGCUACUGAAAAUCUACUGAAGAGAACUUAAAAGCAGAAUUGGCUAAAUGGAACGAGAAGUACAAAAAUUUGCUGAAGAAAAGAACUCUAAAAAAUCAAAUUGGUCAGUUAGAAAAAGAAGUACAAAGGCUCACUUAGGAAAAUAAUUCUUUAAAGUAGAAUUAGGCAAGUGAAAGCUAGCAACUUCAUGUGACAUCAAGAAACAAUAAAGCAAAAUCCAAAAAAUGAAAAAAUAGAAAAAAACCUGAACUUUCAAAUCUUGGGGGGUGGGAUAGCCCUAACCUGGAAAAUAGAUUUAGGAGAGAUGAGUUAAGAAUUAGUGGACUACCUGAAAACAUGAUUAAAAAAAAGUUUAGAUAUCAUAUUUCAAGAAACUAUCAAAUAAAACUAUCCUAGUAUUAUUCUAGAACAAGAGAGUAAAAUAGAAACUGAAAGAAUUCAUUGCUAAUUUCCUAAAAAGAGAUCUCCAAAUGAAAACUUUCAGAAAUAUUAUAACCAAAUUCCAAAACUCUCAGGUCAAGGGAAAAAUGAUACCGACAGCCUGAAAGAAAUAAUUCAAUUAUUAUGGAGGCAUAGUCAUGAUAACACAAGCUUUAGUAGCUUCAAUAUCAAAGCUUAGAAGACCUUAGAUAUUCCAGAGGACAAAUGAGUAUCAUCUACAUUAAAGUAUCAUCUACCCAACAAAAAUGAGUAUAAUUCUUCAAAGGAAAAAAAUGAAUAUUUUAAUGGAAUCAAUGACUUUCAAGCUCCGAAUGAAAAAACCAAACAUGAAUAAAAGAGUUGACUUUCAAAUAUAAGAUUUAAAAAAAGUAAAAAAAAGGCAAAUAAGAAAAGAGGAAUCAUAAGGAAUUCACUAAGGUUGAACUAUUUACAUUCCUACAUGGGAAAAUGACAAUGUGUUUCCAAAAAUGUUUUUCAUUAUUAGGGCAGUUAGAAAAAAUGUACAUAGACAGAGGUGAGUUGACUUAAGAUGCAAUGAUUUUUUUAAAAAAGUUAAAAUAAAAGGUGAGAAAGAGGAAUGCUUUGGGAGAAGGAGCAAAGGAGAGGUAGAACUGGAAAAAAAUUAUCUCACAUAAGAGAGUUGUAAAAGAAUUUUUACAGUGGAAAGGAAACUAGGACUUGAUGGGCAGUGCUGAAAUUUUUAUUGGAAUUACUUUAAAGAGGAAAUAAUGUUGGGUAAAGAAAUUUAUCUAAAUCUACAGGGAAGUAGGAAUGGAGGGAGAUAAAAGAAAGUUGGGAAAGGAUGAUAGAAGGGAAGGUACAGUUGGGGAGGUGGUAGAAGAAGCAAAACGUUUUUGAGGAGGGUCAUGUAAAAAGGGAAGAGAUAGGAUGGAAGGUAAUAUAUAGGAACCAUCACUGGGAAUGGGAAUGGGAUGAACUAGCCUAUAAAAAAAAGAAGCAGAGAGAGUAGAUUAAAAAUUGGAAAUCCACAAUAUGUUGUUUACAAGAAAAACACUUGAAGCAGAGAGGCACACAGAGUUAAAGUAAGAGACUAGAAUAUAAUUUUAUUUCAACUGAAGUUAAAAAAAAAAAACUUCAAGGGUAGCAUUCAUGAUCUCAGACAAAUGAAAAUGAAAAAUAAAGCUAACUAAAAGAGAUAGGGAAACUUCAUCUUUCUAGAAGUAGACAAUGAAGUAAUCAAUUCUAAAUAUAAAGGCACUAAGUGAUAUAGCAUCUAAAAUUCUUUUAUCCCUUGUUUUUUAAAUAGUAUUUUAUUUUUCAAAGUAUAUGCAAAGAUAGUUUUUAACAUUCAUCUUUGCAAAAUCUUAUGGUCCAAUUUUUCUUCCCUCCUCACUACAAGAAGUAGUGUAAUAUAGGUUAAACAUGUGCAUUUCUUCGAAACAUAUUUCCAUGUUAGUCAUGCUUCACAAGAAAAAUCAGAUCAAAAGGAAAAAAACACAAGAAAGGAAAAAAAACAACAAUCCACCAACCAGACAGGAACAACAAAAAAGAUGAAAAUACUAUGAUUUGAUUUACGUUCGGUCUCCAUAGUUAUCUCUAUAUGUGAAUGUCACUUUCCAUCACCAAUUUAUUGGAAUUAGCAUCAAAAUUCUUAGGGAAAAAGUUAAAUAAGUUUGAGGAGAAAAUAGACGUGAAACUAUACUAGUGAUAUCUCAAUCUUCCUUUUUAAGAACUAUAUAAAUCUAACCAAAAAUUGGACAAGUAAGUAGUUAAAGAGAUGAACAGAACUUUAGAAAAGUUAAAUAUGAUAGACUUCUGGAGAAAGUGAAUGGAAAUAGAAAUACACCUUUUUCUUAGCAGUACAUGGCAUCUACACAAGGGCGUGGAAACCUAUACAAAAAAAAGCAGAAAUAUUAAGUGUAUCCUGUUAACUAAUAUAACCAAAAUUAGAAGGAAAGCAGAAAAAUAGGAGAAAAAAAUUAUAGUGAAUUUUUUUGAUAAAGCCUUUUUUCUCAAAUAGAUAAAAGAAUUGAGUCAAAAUUAUAAGCAUGCCAUUCGUUCCCUAGUUGAUAUAUAUAGUCAAAAGAUAGUUUUCAGGUGAAGAAAUCAAAAUUACCUAUACUCAUAUGAAAACGUUCUAAAUUACUUGAUUAGAGAAAGAACUCAUGAGGUUCUUCCUGACAUCUAUCAGAUUGGCUAAUAUGACCAAAAAAAAGGAAAAUUAUAAAUUUAGAGGGAAUAUCUGAUAACUGGAUAACAACCAUGGGUUGGUGGAGUUGUGAACGGAUGGUAGAAUAUUUUGGAACCAUGCCCAAAAAAUAAUCAAACUGUGCAGAUCCCUUGAUCCAAUAAUAUUAUUACUAGUUAUGUUUGCCAAAGAGUUUUUUUGUUUUUUUAAAAGGGAAAAGAAUCUAUUUGUACAAAGAUAUUUAUAGCAGUUCUUUUUGUGGUGGCUAAUAGUUGGAAAUUGAGAGGAUACCCACCAAUUGAGGAAGACUGAACAAGUUAAUAGUAUCUGAUUGUAAUGGAAUAUUAUUGUGCUAUAAGAAAUAGUAAGCAGGAUGCUUAAAAAAAAAAAAAAACCUGGGAAGACUUACAUGAACUGACACAAAAAGACCUGAGCAGAACCAGGAGAACAUUGUACACAGUGUGUUGUUGUACAUAGUGAUGGCAGCUUUAUAUGAUGAAUUGUGAAUGACUUAGGUAUUCUCAGCAAGACAAUCCCAAAAGCUUUAAUAUUGAAAAAUCUUCUUUACCUCCAGAGAAAGAACUGAUGCUAUCUGAAUACAGAUUGAAACGUACUAUUUUAUACUAUUUUUCUUAUUUACUAUAUUUUUAUUAAUAUUUACUGUGUUUUUACUAUUUUUCUUUCUUUGUGUUUUCUUGCACAAAUUGAUUAAUAUGAGAUUAUUUUAUAUGACUGCAUAUAUAUAAUUUAAAUUAGAUUGUUUACUGUCUCAGGAAGGUGGGAGGUAAGGAAGGGAAAGAGAAUUUGGAACUCUGAACUUUAAAAAAAAAGAUGUUAUAAUUGUUUUAACAUAUAAUUGGGGGAAAAUAAAAUAUUAUUUAAAAAAUUAAAAUAGGGUAAAGAAAGCAUCCUUCCAAAUUCCUUCUAUGACAUAGAUAUAUUAUUGAUACCUAAAGCAGGUAAUGUCAAAAUAAAGAAAACUAAUGACCAAUUUCCUAAUCAGUAAUUAUACAAAUAUUUAGUAUUAACAGAGAGUCACAAAGAUAAUGUCCUAUGACCAAACUGGAUUUAUACUAGAAAUGCAGGGCUCAUUCAAUAUUACAAAAAACAUAAACAGGGGCAGCCAGGUGGUGUAGUGGAUAAAGCACCAGCCUUGAAGUCAGGAAGACCUGAGUUCAAAUCUGGCCUCAGACACUUAACACUUCCUAGCUGUGUGACCCUGGGCAAGUCACUUAAACCCAAAUGUUUCAGAAAAAAAAAAGAAAAGAAAAAGCAUAAAGAUAAUUGAUCCUUUCAGUAACAGUAAAAAAAAUCAGAUUACUAUUUCAAUGCAUGAAGAAAAGACUUCAUAAAAUACAAUACCUAUUUCUGUUAAAAGCAAUAGAAAGCAGUGGAAUAAGCAGCUUUCAUUGAAAUGAUCAGUAAUAUCUGUCUAAAACCAAGAAUAAGCAUUUUUUGAAUUGGGAUAAUCUAGGAUCCUUUCCAAUAAGAUCAGAAGAAAAGAAUUCCGUGAUCACCGUUUUUGUUCAUUAUUACAAUGAAUAUACUAGUCUAUAUGGUAGCUUUAUCAAAGCAACAAAAAAAUUAAAUGAAUCUGAUUAGUCAAAGCAGUAUCAAAUCUAUCAUUUUUUUGCAUUUGAUAGGAUGAUUUACUUAGAGAACCCUAAUGAGUUAACUAAAAUCAGCACAACUGCAAAAUAUAAAAUAAAAGCAUAGAAAACAUUAAUAUUUCUGUGAAUCCUCGCCCCCCUCCCCCCACCCCUUUUGCAGGAAGAGUUAGAAAUGAGAGAUUCAAUUUAAGUUAACUAUUGAUAUUAUCAAAUACUUGGGAGUCCCUCUCCAACACAUAAGAACUGUAUGAGCUUUUACAAACUCUUUACAAAAAUACAGAUUGAAAUAAAUAAUGGAAUUAUAUUGUUCAUUGGUAGACCAAGUCAAUAUGAUUAAAAUGAAAAUACUAAGUUACUUCUUCAGUAUUAUACCACUCAGACAGUCAAAUAAUUGCUUUAUAGAACUUGUUAAAAGAACAACAAAUUAAUAUGGAGGAACAGAAGGUCAAGGAUAUCAAUACAAAUAGUUGCAAGGGGACCUUUCAAAACUAGAUCUCAAAAUAUAAAACUAUAAUUUGUACUGGCUAGGAAAUAGAAAAGUUGAUCAGUGGAAUAUAUUACAGACAUAUUAUAUAGAAGAAAGAUGCUAUCAUCUGCAAGCCCCGAGGCCCCUGUUCAAACUAACUAAUCUGGGCUGGGGCUGGGGCUGUGAGAGGUGCUCGAGGUCCGCUCUCGACCUGUAUCAUAGUAUAUGAUAAACCCAAGGUUCCCAGUCAUUACUUGAUAAAAAUUGUCCAAGUAACUGGAAAGCAGUCUGGGAAGCAUAGGUCUAAACCAACAUAUUAAAACAUAUAAGCACCAAAUAGGUUCUUGAUUUAUAUGUAAAGGAUAAAAUCAUAAGCAAAUUAGUAGGGCAGAUAGAAAUUAUCUGUCAGAUAUCUCAAUAGGGGAAGAGUUUAUGACCAAAUGAUAUCCACAGGAGAUAAUAUGGGUAAUUUUGGUUAUAUAAAAUUUAAAUAAAUUUGUGUUAAAACUAGUGAAGUUAUAAUUAGAUAAUCAGGAAACUGAUAAAACCUUUUACAGUUACUCUGAUAAAAGUACCAUCUCACACUUAUCAAAUUGGUCAACAUGAGAUAAAAGGAAAAUAACAAAUGACCUUAAAAGAGAUUAGCCAAAAAAGAGAGGAGAAAUCUGGUAAAAUAGCAAGGAAGGAUGAAUCAAAUGAGGGUUUUUUUUAAAGGAUCCAGCUUUUUUUUUUUGGUUUUAAUUUUCAUAUUAUAUAUUAGUUAAAAUUUGAAUAGAGCAAAAUUAAACCUCUAUAUUCACUAUAUUCAUCACAUAAAACUGUAAUAAAUGCAAUCAUAGAGAUAAAACCAUUGUUUAUGUAUAUGUGUGCACUUCCCAAAGGUAUUUUUCAUUAUAGAGAGCAUGUCCUGUGUAGAAUUCAGAUGAAUUAUAAAAUCACAAAAUGUUGCAAGCUAGAGGCCUUCUCAUCAAACACAUGCCUAAACAUGAAUCUUCUCUACAUGGAAUGGCAUUUUUCCUCUCCCCAAGUCUGUGGACUUGAAUCCAUAGACUACUGGGAGGGAGGAAAUGAACCAUGACACUAAAGGUCAUAAAUCUCAUUUCAGAAUUAAAAUGAGAAAAAGGAGAUCCAGAGAAAUGAAGUGAUUUUUCCCCUUACCAAAUAAGUAGCAAAUCCAAAAUUUGAAUCCACAUUCUCUGACUUGUAAUAAUUUUUUGUGAUAUUAUGCUGUAAUUGGAUUAUGGUAAAAAAAAUUCUGGUUUUAUGGAUUAAUAAAACUUUCUACUCAAAAUCUGCAGUGUUUUUAAAAUUUAUGGUUAAGAAACAAAAUUCAAAUUAAACAUAAAUAAUGAAAUGACCUCAAGGUUGUAAAAAGAUAAAAUGGGAGUAUUGUGGGAAGAUGGUGGUGUAUUGGGAAAUAUAGGAACCCAGAUUUCCUGCAAACACUCCAAUAAAGAUAAAAAAUACACCAGUUAAAAAAGAAAUAGUGACAAAUUACUUUUAGGUUAUAUUACCUACUCAUACACAGAAAGAGCAUUAGGGUCCUGGAGAACUCUGAAGUAGAUAAGCUAGGGUACUUUUGUAGAGCAAAACAAUUAUGGGCAACUGAACAUGGGUUCCAAGAAAAGUCCAGUAUGGAAGAAGGGCUCCAAGGCUUGAGGUAAUCCUAAGUCCCAUACUUGGACCCAGUUUAGGAGUAUCCCUAGACCUUAAUAGGAGAAAGCUAAAAGUCCCAAGCAGAGUUUAACCCAUAGGGACUGCCAUGGAACCUGUGACAAAGGAACUUAGAAGUAGUGUAGCUCCUGAGCCCAGCAGCUGUAGAAGGACCCCAAGUAGAAUAUAAUGCAGUGUGUGCCAUCAUAAAAUGUAGCCCUUUAGUAAGAGUUCAUCCAGGAAAAUGUCAGAGAGUCAGCAUCAAGUAGCCCCAAGCAGAGCACAACUCAAUUGUAGCCUAGAGCACUAUAGAAAGAACAGUGGCAAGAGAUAGGAGGAGAAGAUUCUUGCCAGAGGCCUGGGUUAGACCCACUGUGAGGGUGACCCAGAGGAAUCCUUGUAGCAACUAGAGAAAAAAGCCUCAGCCUCAGCUCCUCCCAAAGCCCUUCUUACAGUCAAGAUAAGUUCUUGAACAGCAUCCAACAGUAAUCCAACUUUACAUCCAAUCAAUCUAAAUCUGACCACAGCAGGAAACAAGGCCAAACAGUUUAUACAGAAGAAAGAACUGAAAUUUGGUCACUCUAUUCAGGUUCAGGCAGGGCCAGUUGGUACCAUUAAGGACUAAAGGAGCAGAGCCCUCUUAAGUGCAAGCCCCUCAGCUUUGAGCAAGCCAAAGAAAAUAUCUACUACUAUGAGGAAAUAACUUGGACUGCAAGAAGUCUAGGGAUGAGAAAGAGAAUAAUCCCCACAAGUCCAAGUCCUGGCUCACGCAAUUCAAGGAAUCCUAUAAUGCUAUAAUCAUGAAGAUUAUAAGAGUGCCUGAAAGAAAUGAAACAAUUCAAUAGUUAGGAAGAACAUGUCAGGGAGAAUUGAGACCUUGGAACAGUGGUAGAAAACCUCACUGAAUGGUCUAAAAAUUAAAAAGGGCAAAACAGGAAAUACCUUACUGAGACAGCAAGAAAUCUUAAAAUCAAAAGAUUUAAAAAACAAGAAAAUGCAAGAAUAUAAUUUAAAACUAAUAAAAUAGAAAAAUGGCUAAGAGGCGAUAUCUAAGAAUUCUUUCAUCUGAAAAUUGUAAUUAAAAAAAAAUCUCAAACCAUCUUUCAAGGAAUGAUUGGAACUAUACAUUUUCAAUCAUAGUCAAGGUGGGAAAAAAUUUUGGGGUAAAUUGUCCGUAUUUGUUUAAAAAAAUUUUAAUUACUCAAUUGAUGGGGCAGAGAUAGGGAGAUAGAAUAAAUGCCUAUAAAAUAAGUAGGGGCACAUAGGUGGUAUAGUGGGUAGAGUGCCAGGCCUAGAAUCAGAAAGAUUUCUCUUCCUAAAUUCAAAUCUGACCUCCGAUCCUAGCACUGUGACCUUGGAUUAGUCAUUUAACCCUUUUUACUUAGGUUUCCUCAUCUAUAAAAUGAGCUGAAGAAGGAAAUGGCAAACCACACCAGCACCUUUGCCAAGAAAACCCCAAGUGAGAUCACAAAAAGUCGAAUGUGACUGAACAACAGACAGAAUAGGUUUCAGAAAUGGCUGAAGAUGGCAGUGAUGAAACCAUGUUUAUUUGGUGUGAAGACUGUGGUCAGUAUCAUGAUUCAGAAUGUCCAGAAUUGGGCCCAGUGGUGAUGGUAAAAGACUCUUUUGUAUUAAGCAGGGCAAGAUCAUCUCUUCCUUCUAAUUUAGAGAUCAAACAAUUAGGAGAUGGAACUGAAGGAGUAUUUGCAAUAACUCAGUUGGUCAAACGAACACAGUUUGGUCCAUUUGAAUCCAGGAGAGUUGCCAAAUGGGAGAAGGAAUCUGCUUUUCCACUGAAGGUUUUCCAGAAGGAUGGACACUCAAUUUGUUUUGAUACAUCUAAUGAGGAUGACUGCAACUGGAUGAUGAUGGUGAGACCAGCAGUAGAAUAUGAACAUCAGAACUUGACUGCCUUUCAGCAUGACAAUGACAUUUACUUCACUACCUCCCGGGACAUUCCUCCAGGCACCGAGUUGCGAGUGUGGUAUGCAGCUUUUUAUGCCAAAAAAAUGGAGAAGCCAGUGCUGAAGCAGGUCUCCAAUAUUGUGCAUGCCAGCACUGCAGAAAGCAGUGUUCCUGUUGAAUCAGAGUCCAGUCAGUGGAUAUGUAAAGCAUGUUCUGGUUCCUUCCAAGAACCACAGCUACUGACUGAGCAUGUAUUGAGUCAUCUGGAACAAAUCAAAAGCAUGCCUCCAACUAGCCAUAAUGAAAUAACUCCAGAUAAAGAAAUAGAGGUACUUCCUAAAGAUACACCUGUUGUUUUUGAAAGUGGCAGUGCCAACAGAGAACCAAAGAAAAAGCCCCGAAGAAGUAAAAAAUCCAAAACUUCAAAAAGUGAACAACCUCUUGUUAUCAUUGAAGAGAAGGAACCAGCAGUGGAUCAAGUGGCAGAAAUUAUUACAGAAAUCCCACCUGAUGAAGACCUUAACUCAACUGCAGAUGAGCGGAUUAUGGAGCUCGUUUUAGGAAAGCUGCCCAGUACUACAAAAGAUGUCAGUUCAGUUCCAAAGUUUACUCAUCAUCAGAAUACUAUAUCCCUCAAGCGAAGUUUAAUUCUUUCUAGCAGACAUGGUAUCCGAAGAAAGCUAAUCAAACAGCUUGGGGAGCACAAACGGGUCUAUCAGUGCAAUAUUUGUAGUAAAAUUUUUCAGAACAGCAGCAACCUCAGUAGACACAUCCGUUCUCAUGGUGAUAAGCUAUUUAAAUGUGAAGAAUGUGCAAAAUUGUUUAGCCGAAAAGAAAGCCUAAAGCAGCAUGUUUCAUAUAAGCACAGCAGAAAUGAGAUUGAUAGUGAAUACAGAUAUAGGUGUGGAACUUGUGAGAAGUCUUUUCGAAUAGAGAGUGCACUGGAAUUUCACAACUGUAGAACAGAUGAGAAGACAUUCCAGUGUGAAAUGUGUUUCAGAUUCUUUUCUACCAAUAGUAACCUCUCUAAACAUAAGAAAAAGCAUGGUGAUAAGAAAUUUUCUUGUGAGGUAUGCAAUAAAAUGUUCUACCGGAAGGAUGUCAUGCUGGAUCACCAAAGGAGACACUUGGAAGGAGUCAGGCGUGUGAAGAGAGAAGAGUUUGAAACCAGUGGAGAAAGUGUGGUCCGAUAUAAGAAGGAACCCUCAGGAUGCCCUGUAUGUGGAAAGGUAUUUUCAUGUAGAAGUAAUAUGAAUAAACAUCUCUUGACUCAUGGUGAUAAGAAGUAUACUUGUGAGAUCUGUGGACGCAAAUUCUUCCGGGUAGAUGUGCUUAGGGAUCAUAUUCAUGUUCAUUUUAAGGACAUUGCAUUAAUGGAUGACCACCAGAGGGAAGAAUUCAUUGGUAAAAUUGGUAUUUCAUCAGAAGAAAAUGACAACUCUGAUGAAAGUGCAGACUCAGAGCCUCACAAGUAUAGUUGCAAACGGUGCCAGCUAACAUUUGGCAGAGGGAAAGAAUACCUCAAGCACAUCAUGGAGGUUCACAAAGAGAAAGGCUAUGGCUGUAGUAUCUGUAACAGACGAUUUGCACUUAAAGCAACUUACCAUGCACAUAUGGUUAUCCACCGGGAGAAUCUGCCUGACCCCAAUGUACAGAAAUACAUUCAUCCAUGUGAAAUUUGUGGAAGGAUCUUUAAUAGCAUAGGAAAUCUGGAACGACAUAAGCUCAUACACACAGGUGUAAAAAGUCAUGCAUGUGAGCAAUGUGGUAAAUCCUUUGCCAGAAAAGAUAUGCUUAAAGAACACAUGAGAGUACAUGAUAACAUCAGGGAAUACUUAUGUGCAGAAUGUGGAAAAGGCAUGAAAACCAAACAUGCUCUUCGUCACCAUAUGAAACUUCAUAAAGGUAUCAAGGAAUACGAAUGCAAGGAGUGCCAUAGGAAAUUUGCCCAAAAGGUCAAUAUGUUGAAGCACUACAAAAGACAUACAGGGAUCAAAGAUUUCAUGUGUGAAUUGUGUGGAAAGACUUUUAGUGAAAGAAACACAAUGGAGACCCAUAAACUCAUUCACACAGUUGGGAAACAAUGGACCUGCUCUGUGUGUGAGAAAAAGUAUGUCACAGAAUACAUGCUUCAAAAACACAUUCAGCUAACUCAUGACAAAGUAGAAGCUCAGAGUUGUCAACUAUGUGGAACUAAAGUUUCAACCAGGGCUUCAAUGAGUCGGCACAUGAGGCGCAAGCACCCAGAGGUCCUCUCAGUUAGGAUUGAUGAUUUGGAUCACCUCCCAGAAACAACCACCAUUGAUGCCUCUUCAAUUGGUAUAGUUCAGCCUGAACUUGCUCUGGACCAGGGAGAAUUACCAGAAGGGAAACAUAUAAAAGUUGCCAAACGAAGUCACAAACGAAAGCAAAAAUCAGAUGAAGAGGAAGAAGCACUGGUAUCUGAGGAUCCUACAUUCAGUGAAUACACAGAAAAAGAAGCUGAAUUCACAGGGAAUGUGGGAGAUGAAACAAAUUCUGCUGUACAAAGCAUUCAGCAGGUGGUGGUGACCCUGGGUGAUCCAAAUGUCACAACGCCAUCUAGUUCAGUCGGUUUGACCAACAUUACUGUUACUCCCAUUACCACUGCAGCUGGAACCCAGUUUACAAACCUUCAGCCAGUGGCUGUUGGCCAUCUUACCACCCCAGAACGCCAGUUACAACUUGAGAACUCCAUUCUGACAGUGACAUUUGAUACUGUCAGUGGGUCUGCCAUGUUGCACAAUCGCCAAAAUGACAUUCAGCUUCAUUCACAGUCGGAAACCUCUAAUCCACAGUCUGUGGCCCAUUUUAUCAAUCUAACCACCCUUGUCAAUUCCAUUACUCCCCUGGGAAACCAGUUAAGUGAACAGCAUCCUCUAACCUGGAGGGCAGUGCCUCAGACUGAUGUUCUACAGCCUCAGCAACAGCAAGUACAGCCACAGACAGGACAGUCACAAGUUCAGACUGAGCAACAACAGCAGAUGUACAGUUAUUAAGUUAUAUUACAAAAUCUUUGAUGAAAACUGUAAGGAAUAAAAAACAUUUUGAAAAUUUUGAGAUCUGUUGUCAUAUACCAAACUAAGAGUAAAAAAAUUCCAACUAUUUCAUUGAUCACAAUGUAAAUGAAAACUAACCUGUGCAAAACUGUCUCCAUUCCCCAUAUCCAUGUGUUAAAUUUUGUCAACCUAAACUUGAGAGAUGGCCAACUUUUAGUUAAAUUCAGAUCACAAUACACUAUAUAAGGUAAGGAAGUCAUAAAUACUAAAUAUGCUUUUUAAUCUUUCUAUUUAAAAACAAAAAACUUCAUUAAUUUUCUUGGGAUGGAGAAUGGGAAACUUAAGUCUCAAGAAAAGUAAGAUACUCAGACUAAAUGGCAUUUUGUUUCCUUUUUCAAAGUUGUCAUCUUACAAAGCACAUAUUAAAAAACAUAGUUAAAAAUAGAAGUGUGAUAGAAAUUUGUUUUGCAGUUAUAAAACAAAUGUUAAGCCAGUUUCCUUAAUUUUGGAAGCCAUUUAAGUAAGCAAAAAGUUAUACUGUCCUCUUAGAAUUUUCAUCUAACUAAAUUUCUUGCAACUAUGUACUAAAACCAAAUGUGAAAUAAUAUAUUUAAUGGCUUGUUCAAAAAAUAUUUCAAGUUGAAAAGUUGUCAUAAUGAACAAAUCUAUAAUGUGAAUUUUUAAAUUUAUACAUCAAAGUAUCUUCAAUAACUUACCAUUUUAGUUUUUUCUUUGUUUUUAUUCCUGGAAAGACACUGUAUAUUUAGGAGUCUGUUCUGGUCAAUUUUGUCUUUCUAACCUUAUAAAGUAAUUUGCACUGAAUAAUUAUCAAUGGCCCCAUUUACAUAGCUAUUCAGAUAUUUGGGGACAUUUCUGUGAUAUAAAAAAGCAAGUCAAAAAAUGCUAUCAUUUCAAGGAUCUACUUUGCAAAAACCUCAGGAUCCUUUGAUAUCUAAUAUCCUAAGACUAAUAUCAAUAGAGGGGAAGAACAAUUAAAAUAUUCAUAUAUUUUUCUUUUAUUUAUAUUUCAAUUUCAAAGGUUAAAUUUUUGCUAGCAAUUUUAUCAUUAUAAAAUUGUUGACUGAUACAUUGUGAAAUUAAAAUGUAUUUGUGAAAUUCAGAGGCAUUAUAAUUUAGUGAAAGGCAAAAGAGGUUAACUUUAGUAAUGAUUAAAGUUUAUAAUGGAAAUAUAAUUGGGGCCUUAAUCAGUGUGCUCAUUUGUCCUUUCCUGCAAUCUUAUAUACAUACAUACAUAUACACAUAUAUGUAUAUGUAGGCAUACCUUACACAUUCAUGUGCAGAUGUGUAUAUCUGUCUGUGUAUACAUACAUAUAGACAUACACACAGACAUGAGAUGAUGCUUAAAGUUCAUUCGUUGUGCCCCUUGGUAACUUCUAUAGCAAGGAACAAAAGACUCCUGGGAUUUUGUUUUUUAGGACAAUAGAGUAUCAAAUGACCAGUCUCCCAAAAUAAGUGUUAUAAGGAAAUUUUUCCCCAAAAUUUAUCUCUUCUGAACUUUCUAAACUCUGUUGGGAAGAAAAUUUAACUUGUAUUACCUGUAACUAUUGUGUUUGAUGUAAAUGUUUAAGAGGACUACCUUGAAGAAACAGAUUUUAAGUGAUUAGUGAAAAAUAAAGCCCUGUGUUAAUGUUGUUCUUGUCAAUGAGGCUUACUGUAAGAAUGCCAGUUCCUUAGUAUUUAACUUUAAUCAAAAUUGUAGAAGUUUUCUGACACAAUGUGAUUUGCUUUGUGAAAUACAUUGUUUUCAUAAAAAAUGGGAAAAGUUUUCCAACAGAAUCAAAAAGCUAAAAGGAACCUUCAGAGGUUCAUUCCAUUUCUACAUUAACCCCAUCUCCUUUGUUGAAUUGUUCUAAAAUCUACAUCCUGUUUAUAAUAGAAUUUUGUUAGGAUCAGUCAAACAAAAUCAAGCAUAUCGUGACAAUAGGCUAAAAUAAUAUGGGGAGAUAGAUUCAUGUUUAAAACAGAAUAUUUUUUAGUAUUGUAGUCUACUGGUUUCCAAAUUUAGAUCUUUGAAGUCCAGGAUUCCAAUAAAAAAAAAAUGGCAAUGGCAGACAAUUUUAUUUUUCAAACUGUAUUUUUUGCUGAUGGAUGGAUGUGUAUAUGGCGCAAACAUACAUAUUUUAUAACAAAACUGUCCAGUACUGCAAGCACAGCAAUUUCAAGUUAAGACUUUUGUGUAGUGUUUUAUUGUUUCUUCUUUAUUAAAUACAACUGACAUAUUCCAAGUAUAGGUAGUCUGGAAUUACAGGAAUUUUUAAGCUGUCCAGAUUUCUUGAGUAACUGAAAAUCACUGACACUUUAAAAAUGAUCUAGUAAGAAGAAAACUUAGGUUGGCUCAUAAUUGAAAUAACUCAAAGCAACAAAGUUUUUCAAUCUUCCCCAUGAAAUAAAGCCUUUUAAAAUCACCAGUUUUUCCCAAGGAAGUUUUUCUCUGCCUAGAGUGUCCUAAUGUUUGAAAGAACCUAAUUUACAUUUUGUAGCCAUGCUAUGCCUCUCCUACUUUUUUUAAAGUCCAUAACAUAGUAUUUCCAUGCAUGAGGACUCUUAGUGAAAUUCAGAUUACCCAAGUUUCCUUCCAAAGUAUAAAUGUGUACUUUGAUUUAAAGAAUUCAGUACUGGAGGCAAAGUAUCUUACAGUAAUUAUAUCUGUGAAUUUGCAUAUCAGAAAAUGCAUAGCAAAAGUACUACUCAGCCAAAAGUGAUAUACUGUAUAUUGUUGUGUAUAUAUGAUUGUUUAUUGACAGAAAGUAUCCUAUUUAAUUUAAAAAGAAAAAAAAAAAACAUAUUCCAUGGUGCCCAGACCUAGCUGCAAAGGAAAAAAAUAAAGUAGAAAUUUUUGUGGUCAUCUAAUCCUGUGAAGACAUCUUAGUUAUGAAUUAAUAAAUCAUUAAGGACCUAUUUUUGCCUGUGAAUUCCUUUUAAAUUUACUUCUAUAUAGUUGUAUGCAGUAUGGCAAUGUAAAUCUUAUAAAAACGUAACACAGGGUACAAUAAUAAUUGUUAAAAUAUUGAUGAUGUGCUGCAUGUUGAAAGGAGAAGAAAAAUGAUGCCUCUCAAGAGACCAUGGUUUGUGAUAUUUUCUCUCAGGAAAAUGUACUGUAAUUAAGUGCCAUUACACUGUAUCUAAUAUUAAACUGUUUUGGAGAAGUCCAGGUAUGGAAAGUAUAUUUCAUAUACAUAACACUUUUCUUUCCACCUGUUCAAAGUAUCCAAAGGCUUUACAUCUAAAUUACAUAUUGGUGACUUUUACUGGACUUUUAAAAAAAGGUAUUUAAGAUUGUUUUGAGAGAUUGUCUCUAUUUCCAUUCAGUUUUUUUUUUAAUGUUGAUGAAAUAAAAGGUGCUGUACUAUCUAA